GACCGAGUCGUCUUCCCCCUCUCCUCUUCUGCCUCGGAGCAGCCCGUGCGCGUCUCAUCGUUCUUCAUCGCUCGUGAGGAGGCAGGCUGGUUCUUUACAGCCCUCUCCUUAGAUUUCUUGUUCUCGCUUCCCGCCUUCCCUUCCCUCGUCUCCGUCGGGGGUCUCCCUUUGUUAUAUCUCCGGCACUUGGAUCCAGGUUCUUGAACCCGCGCUCGUGGAGGUUCUUGACGUUGACCUAUUCCCGUCGUGUGUCGUUCAAGAUGCAGGAUCGUGCUCUUUUCUUACCUUUUACCAGGAAUUUCAACUCCGAGUUCUCCUUUCUCGCUUAGAUGUGGUGUAUUGGAUUUCUCUAUGUGAUUCUUGGAGUUCUUUUAUUUCCUUGUACCAAGAACCUCUACUUCGACUUCUCCUUUCUUGUUUAGCUGUGGCGAUUUUUGAUCUUUAAUAUGAUUCUUGUCUCUUUUUCCCUUUUCCAAUCUCUUAGUUGUUUGAAUCUGAAUCUAUGAUUUAUUUCUUGUGGAGCCUCUUGCUUGUUUCUAUCGUUUCGUUCAAGAAUUAGACUCUGAUGCGUUCGAUUCCUUCUACGUCUUGUUCUGUUUCUUGUUUAGCUGCUGAUACAGCGCUUAAAACCUCGAUUUGCGUGCAUAUGAGGUGGAUGCAUGAUUAAUGUUUAUUUUUCUUCUUCAGUCAGUUCAUGGUGGUACUUCAAAGUCUGCAAAGCCUAAAAAAAUUUAUAGAUGUUUUAGUAGACGUAAUAAAAUGAGGAAAAGUCUCUAAGAGACAUUUUGUGGCUCGGCUGCGGCACACGUCUAGUACGCCUGUCGUGUAAUACUUAACGGAAGAAGUAAAUAAAAAAAAUAAUUAAACCAUGGACCAAUUGCAGAAACCAAUCACAUGAAUUUAUGCUUCUUAGACAUCCACUUGGAUUUUCGGUUUACACUUCUUUAAAUUAGAGCAUUUCAUGUAUUGUUGAUAUUUUAAUGCUGCAUAAUUAAAUUGAUGAGAUUUUGAGACUUAGUGUGUCUAUUUUUCUACGCUUGAAAUUAUUUGGCAUGCAAGCAAUUAGCAUGUAACUUUGUAUCAAAGGAACUAGUGGUCUUUUUUGACACAAUAAAGAAUGGGAACCUUUCCUCUUGAGGAAUGGAGUGUUCAUAAGCUGAACGAACAAGCCUUCCAGUAAUGCUUUUAUUAGAUGCCUUUGCUUUCUACAUGCAUGAUGCUAGAUUCUAUCUUAUUUGCAGGUUAUGCGACAUGAGCUUGGAUGCCUCAGCUUUGCUUAAGCAUGCAGCAAAAGCAGAAUUAAGGGAGUCGGAAAAGAUCUUGUUUGGUCCUCAAGUCUUUUCCACUCUUGACUCAUUGCUUCUUGAUAUUCAUGCAAUGUUGCAACCAAGGCCAAUUGAUUAUGAGCAACGAAGGCUCUUAAUUGAAGAGUUUAAUUCUAUGGCAGUUGAUAGAUUUGGUAAUAAUGGUGGCUUCCCAACUGUUGAGGCAUUUGGAUCUUUUGUUAUGGACUUAUUUACCUCUAGCAGUGAUCUGGAUCUGUCUGUUAACUUCAGUAAUAACAUGAAUAACUUCCCUCGUAAGGAGAAGAUUUCUGUUCUUGGGAAGCUUUCCAAAGUCUUGUAUGGUCAUCAAAGGAAAGGACAUAUCACUGGAGUCUUGCCAAUUAUGGGAGCUAGAGUUCCAGUUUUGAAGGUUGUAGACUGUAGAACUGGAGUUGAAUGUGAUAUUUCAGUUGAAAACAAGGAUGGUAUUUCAAGAUCCUUGAUUUUUAGAUUUGUCUCUUCAAUUGAUGAAAGGUUUCGGAUAUUGUGUUAUCUGAUGAAGGCUUGGGCAAAAGCACAUGACAUUAAUAGCUCAAAAGACCGCACUAUGAACUCUUUAUCCAUCAUAGCAUUAGUUGCUUUUCAUUUACAGACCCGGAAUCCUCCUAUACUUCCUCCUUUCUGUGCAUUGUUAAAAGAUGGGACAGAUAUGUUAAGUAUAGAGCGCAGAGUUGCUGGAUUCAAGAACUUUGGUAUAAGAAAUCGAGAAUCUGUAGCUGAAUUAUUUGUGUCUCUAUUGAGGAAGCUGUUAUCAGUUAUGCAUUUGUGGGGGCAUGGUCUCUGUGCCAGUACCUGCGAAGGAUCAUGGAUUUGUAAGAAGCAAUGGGCAUCUGGAGUUGGCAACAUGAACGUGGAAGAUUUUCUGGACCGGUCCGAAAAUUUUGCAAGAUCGGUCGGGGAAGCUGGGAUGCAGAAGAUCUAUGAAUGCAUUCGAGGUUCUCUCAGUGAUCUAUCACGUUUUGCAAUGCGUCAGAUUGAUUCACUGGAGUUAAAGGAACUUAUUUUCAAAUCAGUUGAUGAUCUGAAUGCACCAAAGAAAGAAGGUGUUCACAAAGAAGUAGUGCAACAUAAGAGGAGAUACCCCUUCCAUGAUGCUGGUACUUCAGUUAAGCCUAUGACCUCGAAGAGGCCAAGGUACCUGGAACCUACGCGAGCACCAGACCAUGCUCGCUAUCAGACUCCAAAUCCCUUGGCUGCACUUCAAUCACAGGCUACUAGUUAUGGAAUACACAGGCCAGGUCUCAUCUUUGGUUCCCCUCAACCAGCUUUCACGCCAUACCACCAUCACCGACAACGUCCGGUUGCUUCUCUCGGAGCUGGUUAUGGGUCACCUCCCCUACAACAAAACCCAUUUGCUUCUCAACGAGGUUAUGGAUCAUAUCAUCAGCCAGUCCUCCCCGGUCCUCCUUACAUCCGUCAUUCGCAGCAGCGUGACCAACAGGAUCAAGACUACCUGUUUCCUGGCCGUGGAUCAUCAAAAUGAGAGCCGUGGCCAUUAAUUGCAUCUUCAUCCUUGAUGGGCUAGAUCAACGCUUGUUGUCCAACAAAUGUAUUCCUUGUUUUCUUUAAAGGACGAAGAAAGAAGAAGCAGUCGGAGGCUGGUUAGCCGGAGUGAUUAUUCUGUAAGCUCUAUUGUGAGGCUUAGGUUUGACCUAUACCAACCAGUUAAAUGGUAAUUUAUAUGUUUUUUGUGUUGUUUCCAUUUUUUUUUUGUUUUUGUUUUUUUUCAUCAACAAGUUUGGUGAUCCAAAUCAACUGGCCACUGUGGUGAACAAUAGUAAACAUCAGCCUUCCAUUGUUCUCA